AUGGUCAAAUCCUACGACCGUUACGAGCAGGAAAGCUCCUUUGGAGUCAUUGGCGGCCAGUCAAAUAUUGUCUGGCUUCCCCCAGCUCCCACGCAGUCCUCUAAGUCCUUGGGACGAGCAGCACUGGGAGGUCUAGAAGACAUCUUGAUUUGGGACAUCAAAACCGGAGAGCUCAUGACUCGCUUGAGCGAUGGACUUACACCAGGAGCCUCCAACGCAAAGACAUCGCUGGCUCCUAGUCCUGUGGUGGCGUUGGAAUAUCACGAGGCCACCAAUAUUCUUGCAGCAGGCCAUGAAGAUGGAACUAUUAAGGUAUGGGAUUUGACUUCUGGCUCGGUAAUGGUGACAUUUGCGGGUCACAAGUCGUCCAUCAGUGUGUUAAAAUUCGAUCGUAACGGAACGAGAAUUGUUUCCGGCUCAGCAGACUCCACAGUGAUCAUGUGGGACUUGGUUGGAGAGGAAGGUCUUUUCAAGCUCAAGGGACACAAAAGUCAAAUCACAGGCAUGUACCUCCUCAGUGAAAAUGAGAAGGACGAAGAUGAGUUUGAAGAUUACUUAAUCACGGUGUCCAAGGAUGGACUUAUCAAGAUGUGGGAGUUGAAGUCCAAACAAUGCAUAGAGACUCAUUUGGCUCAUUCUGGCGAGUGUUGGUCGUUGGGUGUGAAUACCUCCAAAGACAUGCUCGUCACUUGCGGUAGCAAAGACCAGGUAAAGGUGUGGGAGAUCGACUUCUCCAAAGAAGAUGGAUCUAAGAUUACAGAAAAGGGCGAAUUUGAGAAAACGAGCAAAGCUCGUUGUACUGACAUUCUCUUCACAUCUGUCAGAGAUCUCACCAGCACAUAUGAGGUAUUUGCAUUGCAGAAUGCCGACAGAACCACGGAGUUGUUCCGUGUGCGUUCCAGCGAUGAAAUCAAGAAAGGAAUUGCCAAACGAACAAAGAGAUUGAAAGAAAAGGGCUUUGAAGACGACGAAAUUUUGCAGUCUCUUCGUGAGUCGGAGAUCAGCAUGCUUAUUACCCCAUUGACAACCAUUAGAGCCAUAGCCAAGAUUAAGUCUUGUACGUGGGUCAGGUCAGGCAAACUGAAGCUCAACUUGCUUCUUGCGCUCACCAACAACUCCAUUGAAUACCAUAACGUUCCGCUCCCGGAGAACAUCAGAAAAGCUCAAGUGGGUGAAGUUCACUCUGUCAAAGCCCACUCCAUCGACCUUGCGGGUCACAGAACAGACAUCCGAGCCAUGGAUAUUUCUGAUGACAACAAGCUCUUAGCAACUGCAUCGAACGGAGAGUUGAAGAUCUGGAAUAUCAGAACACUUAAUGUCUUGCGUACUUUUACUUUGGAAGGUGGCUACGCCUUGUGUUGUAAGUUCUUGCCAGGAGGAACAUUAGUGGUAGUUGGCUACAAGAACGGAGACUUAGAGCUUUAUGACCUUGCAUCUUCCGCUUUGAUCGAUAGAGUGGAGAAGGCUCACGAGAAUGCCCUGUUCACCAGCACCAAAGAUGACAAUGGCUCGGCCAUUUGGUCCAUGGACCUUACUCCAGAUGGCAGAACUUUGGUCACGGGAGGAAACGAUAAGAAGGUGAAAUUCUGGAAUUUCAAGGUUAGUCAGGAGCUUGUCGCCGGUACGUCUUCGGUUAUGUCUACCAUCAAGUUGUCACAUAAUAGAACCUUGGAGUUGAGCGAUGAGGUGUUGUGUGUCAAGGUCUCAUCGGACGCUAAGUUCUUGGCCAUCUCAUUGUUGAAUAAUAACGUCCAAGUUGUUUUCUACGACACUCUCAAGUUGUUCUUGACUUUGUACGGUCACAAGUUACCUGUUUUGUCCAUCGACAUGUCAUCUGACAGCAAGCUCAUCAUCACAUCAUCUGCUGACAAAAACAUCAAAAUCUGGGGUCUUGACUUUGGAGACUGCCAUAAGUCUAUCUUUGGCCACCAAGAUUCCAUCAUGAACGUCCGCUUUCUUCCUGACAGCCACAACUUCUUCUCUUCCGGUAAAGACGGUAUGAUUAAGUAUUGGGACGGAGAUAAGUUUCAAUGCAUCCAGAAGCUUCCUGCCCACCAAAGCGAAGUGUGGGCGCUUUGUGUGAGUAAGGAUGGUACUUUCGUUGUAUCCACCUCUCAUGAUCACUCCAUCAGAGUGUGGUCGGCCACCAACGAUCAGGUUUUCUUGGAGGAAGAAAGAGAAAAGGAGAUGGACGAGCUCUAUGAGAACGAGUUAUUGGAUUCACUCGAAGCUGAGGAACCUACCAGAAACGUGGAUGAUGACGACGAAGAAGGAGCAGAUGAUGCUGUUAAAGUCAGCAAACAGACCAUGGAAUCAUUGAAGGCAGGUGAAAAGUUAAUGGAGGCUAUUGACGUUGGAAUUGAAGACGUCGAUGCUUCUGAGCAGUAUGAGUUGCAAUUGCACCAAUAUCAAACCAAACAGUCUGGAGCAUCUAUGCCAGUGAAACCUACUGCCAACGCUAUCUUGUUGGCCUACAGUGUGACUGGACAAGAGUAUGUAUUGAAUACCAUGCUCAAGAUCCGGGCCGCGCAGCUUGAGGAUGCAUUGCUUGUUCUUCCGUUCUCAUACACAGUGAAGUUAUUGAGAUUCAUUAGCAUCUGGACAUCCAAGCAGAACAUCAAGGGAAACAUCGUACACAUUGCACUCAUCUGCAAGGUAUUGUUCUUUAUAAUCAAGGUGAAUGCUAAGGAGUUAGUGAGCCAGAAGGACGACAAAUUGCGCAACUAUUUGAUUGAGGUGAAGUCUCAGCUUCGUGAGGAGUUGUCAGGAGCUUCGAAGCAAUUAGGAUAUAACACACAGGGUUUGAAGUUCAAGAAAACUCAGUGGAAGAUGAACCACGAGACUGAGUUUAUUGAUGAGGCUGAGCAGAGGCAGUAUGAGGAGAAGAAGGCAUCGAAGAGAACGUUUGCAACGAUAUAG